CAAUUGAAAUAAAAUAUUUUGAGCCUGGGCAUACGUUUAUGUCAUGUGACUCAUUUCACCAUUUAGUUGAAAAAUCUCUACAUAGGAUGAAGAAAGUCUACGAUUUUGGGGAUUUCAAGGAUGCUGUCCAGUCUUCCAAAUCCAAAGCUCUGGCUAUCGAAAUGGCUCCAAAUGAUUUUUUCAAAUGGAAAGACUAUUCAGCCAAAAGGUUGCCAAAUCAAGGGAAAAUAAUGGAAUCAAACACACGCAUCAAACGUGGAAGAAGGCAAGACUCCCAAAAUUUGGAUGAAUGUACAGAAAAUGAAAACAUCCCUGAACAAGGUAGCCGUCCAUACCUAAAAGAUGUUGUUCAUGUCCAAGCAAGAAGAGGUCUUCUCCAUCUUCUGUACAACCGGCUUUAAUGAUCUAGAAGAAGAGUGGAAGGAAUUGCAUUUUUUGACUCCGGCAGCUUUGAAAAAUGGCAUAAAAUUACCGGCUUGUCAUGACAAUCCUAUUGGCAUAUCGAAGUCAAGAAAGGAUUCCAUUUUGAAGAAUCUACUGGAGUCCCAGAAGGGCAUUGUCCCUACAAAUCGAUUUUCAUUCUGGGAAAAUCUUCCUGUUAUUUCAGAUGAAUGACUAAUUUGUUGAAUGGCACUAUUUUUUCAAAUGAAUGAAACUAUUCUUAUUUGUUUUUGAAAAUAAAUUUUUC